AACCAGUGCCGGAAGAAGUGCUAAAGUAACCGCGCGACACAGUUGCCUGGCCCAGAAGUAGGUUUGAUUGAAAAAUAAUAUCAGUUAUCGGGAUCUCUCUCCCUAGCUCGCGCACAGUGCCAUAGUAGUGUCAAAGUGAAAUUGAAUCUCCAGCACCGGAAGUAAGUGCUGAAGUAAGAGUGUUCCAAGUCUCUUUCGGUCGAUUCCAUGAUUUUGAGUGUAGAAGUGCAAGUGGUUCUUUCUCUGAUUGCCUUGUGGUGAUAAGCUUUUAACCGAGUCGUUGGUAUUCGGGGUGAAAAAGAGUAGAAAAGUCAAAGUGCAUCUCAUCCUCCCCAUCUCAGAAGUAAAAAGUGGGUGGUGCUUUAAAUUGUCCUUUUUGUAGAAGAUAUAGUGAAGAACCGAUUUUCUCCUUCGUGGGUUGAAAGCAAGUGAAGCGAUCUAGAGUAUCGAAAAGCAAACAACCAACUGGCAAAAGGGUCAACUCAUAAAGAAGUUUCUACUCGACAGCACCAGAGUGUCGUGUUAAAGUUGUGGAUACGUUGACCUGCAACCCGAAGCAAAAGUAGCAAAAAGUCUUAUAAAUCAGCAAAGGUGCUACCAAGAAUUGUUGUGAAGCAGCACAGCAGCAAAAGUUAUCCGAUUUUUUCACCGAGUGAGUGCCGAAGGAAGCUCUCACUCCCGUACAGAUAAAUUUUCGCAGGCGCGCCCCCCUUCACAAAAAAGGCUUCAAAAUUAGCGGCGGCAUCAUGGCGUUUGCUGGCUUCAAAAAGCAGUUCAACAAAGCAAAUCAGUAUGUCACAGAGAAAAUGGGCGGUGCGGAAGGCACCAAACUGGACCUGGACUUCAUGGAAAUGGAAAGAAAAACAGACGUCACCGUGGAGCUGGUCGAAGAGUUGCAAGCAAAAACGAAAGAAUACUUGCAACCGAACCCGACGGCCAGAGCCAAGAUGGCAGCGGUCAAAGAAGGUAUAUUGGCCGACUGCAUGCUGACGUACGGUAAAAAGCUCGGCGAAGACAGUAUUUUCGCCUUGUCUCUCGUAGAGAUGGGCGAUUCGCUCAAGCAGAUGGCAGACGUCAAGUACUCGCUCGAUGAUAACAUCAAGCAGAACGUCCUGGAGCCACUGCAUCAGCUGCAGACCAAGGACCUGAAGGAGGUUAUGCAUCAUCGUAAAAAAUUGCAAGGACGACGUCUUGAUUUUGACUGCAAAAAACGACGCCAGGCAAAAGGUAAGCAGCAGUUUUUCUUCCUUUCGGGUUGCAUAGAAAGAUGGUUCGUUUAA